UGCAUUAAACUUCUGUCGCUAAAGGGAUAAGAUUUUUUUAAAUCCAAAGUUCAUUUAUUAUUUUAGAUAAGUUAAUAAUAUAUUUUCUAAACAAAUUAUUUAAAUAACUAAAAACAUCGUAUAUUAAUAAUUUUAAAAUAUACAUAUAAUUAUAAUAAACGAAUAAUAAUUGAGUGAUUUUUUGAAUAAUCUUGAAUAAUUUUUUCCGAAUUUUCCAUAUUUAAAAUUUUAAGAAAUUAUAUUAAGAAUAUAUAUGGAACGCCCAAUCGCUUAUUUAACAAGAAAAGAAGUAAUAUCCAGCUGUCACCGUUUACACAAUGAAAAUUUAACUGAAGAUGAAAAUAAAAAAAUAUACGGAAAAUGUAACAAUUAUUGGGGACAUGGUCAUAACUAUAUAGUUGAAGUGACUGUAUGUGGACCUGUAGAUUCUAUAACAGGUAUGGUCAUGAAUAUAUCAGAUUUAAAAUUAUAUAUGAAAAAAGUAUUAAUGGAUCAAUUAGAUCAUAAAAAUUUGGAUAAAGAUGUACCUUAUUUUAAAAAUGUCGUUUCUACUACUGAAAAUGUAGCCAUCUAUGUUUUUAAUGAAUUAAAAAAAAUUAUGCCAAAUUCAGAUCUUUUAUAUGAAGUUAAGAUUUUUGAAACUGAUAAGAAUGUCGUUAUUUAUAGAGGAGAAAAAAAAUAAACUGUUAAUUUUUUUUGAUAUUUAAUUAAAU